CUUUUUCCUGCGCGACUUUAACCCAGCAACGAAACCGACAACGCACUUAGGUACUCUUCUAACUUUCCCUUCAUACACUCGCUGCUUGCACCCUCUUUCCACCGCUAUCAUGUGCUUUCAAUACAUUCCGGUUAUCACCACACAACGCUCUAACAUCACACGCAGACGUCAACGCAAUCUCACUAACCUUCGUCCUAUCGUCACCUCCUCCACUGAUACUUUUUCAUUUACUGUCGGCCUCUGGAAUUGCCAGUCAGCUGUUAACAAAGCAGAUUUCAUUACCGCUUUUUCCACACAUUCGACACUUAGUAUCCUGGGCUUGACUGAGACCUGGAUUCGUCCAGAAGACUCAGCAACCCCCACUGCUCUGUCCAAUAAUUUCUCAUUCUCUCACACCCCUCGUCACACUGGAAGGGGUGGGGGUACUGGAAUACUUAUUUCUAAUAAAUGGAAAUUCUUUAACCACUCUCUGCUUUGCAACUUUAACUCUUUCGAAUCUCAUGCGAUCACAGUAACAGCUCCAAUUAAAUUCCACAUUGUGGUCAUUUACCGCCCUCCUGGUCAACUGGGCACAUUCCUAGAUGAGCUAGAUGGGCUGCUAUCCUCAUUCCAAGAGGAUGGCACUCCACUUCUAGUCUUUGGUGAUUUUAACAUUCAUCUGGACAAGCCUUAUGCUGCAGACUUUCACUCACUCCUAGCUUCAUUUGAUUUCAAAUGUCUUAUUACUACAAGCACUCACAAAUCGGGCAACCACCUAGACCUAAUUUACACACGCAAUUGCGUUGCAGACAACACUUUGGUUAAACCCCUACACAUCUCUGACCAUUUCUUCAUUACUUGUAACUUACAUAUUACUGCCAGUACACCUCCAACCCCUCUACCUGUUACUUUCAGACGAAACCUACGCUCCCUUUCACCCUCCCAUCUUUCCUCUGUAGUGUCCUCCUCUCUUCCCUCCACAACCCUUUUCUCAUCUAUAGAAGUUAAUACAGCCACUGACACCUUAUGCUCUACUUUAACCUCUUGCCUAGACGCUAUAUGUCCUCUCUCUUCCAGGCCAGCACGGGCCACCCCUCCUAACCCCUGGCUAUCCGAUGUUCUCCGCGAACAUCGCUCCAAACUUAGGGCAGCAGAGAGAAAAUGGCGCAAAUCUAAAGAUCCUUCUGACUUGAGUAUGUAUCAGUCUUUGCUUUCAUCCUUCUCUGCUCAAGUCCAUGCUGCCAAAUCCUCAUACUUCCACAUCAAGAUCAACAAUGCUCCAGACACACGUAACCUCUUCAAAACAUUCAGUUCGCUCCUCUGCCCUUCCCCACCACCUCCCACCACUUCCAUAACAGCCGACGAUUUCGCCACAUUCUUUACUAACAAAACUACAACUAUCAGCAGCCAGUUCUUGGCUCCACACAUACAGGAACUAAUACCGACAACAUCCACAGCUAACACCCCACUCUUCUCCUUCUGUCCCCUCUCUGAGGCAGAAGUAUCCAUUAACUAUCCAUCCUAUAACUAUAGACCAAUCUCUCUCCUUCCAUUCAUAGCAAAAACACUUGAACGAGUCUUUUUUAACCAGGUAUCGCUGUUUCUCGCGCAGAACAGUUCAUUGGAUGCUAACCAGUCAGGGUUCAGGAGCGGCCACUCAACUGAAACUGCACUACUGUCAGUCACUGAAGCCUUGCGGAUUGCAAAAGCUGAUUCCAGAUCAUCGGUACUCAUUUUGCUGGAUCUUUCUGCUGCUUUUGACACAGUCAAUCAUCAGAUCCUCCUGUCCACCCUCUCAUCACUGGGUAUCACAGGGAUUCCACUUCGCUGGUUUGAAUCCUAUCUCACAGGUAGGUCUUUCAGGGUGGCCUGGGGAGGGGAGGUAUCCAAAGCACAUCAUCUGGCCACUGGGGUUCCUCAGGGAUCAGUUCUUGGACCCCUCCUCUUCUCCAUUUACACUACAUCACUGGGGCCCAUCAUACAGGCACAUGGCUUCUCUUACCACUGCUAUGCUGAUGACACGCAGCUCUUUCUUUCAUUUCAACCAGAUGAUCCAACAGUAGCUGCACGGAUCUCAGGCUGCUUGGCGGACAUCUCGGAGUGGAUGAAAGAACAUCAUCUACAGCUCAACUUGGCAAAGACUGAGCUCCUUAUUUUCCCUGCCACUCCGACUCUACAACAUGAUUUUACCAUCAACUUAGGUACUUUAACAAUUACCCCAUCAAGUUCUGCCAGAAAUCUUGGUGUUAUCUUUGAUGACCAGCUGACUUUCAAAGACCACAUUGCUAAAACUGCUCGAUCUUGCAGGUUUGCCCUACACAACAUCAGAAAGAUCAGGCCCUUUCUAACAGAGCAGGCCACACAACUUCUUGUCCAGGCCCUGGUCAUCUCCAGGCUGGACUACUGCAAUGCUCUUCUAGCCGGUCUUCCCUCAUGCACAAUCAAACCUUUACAAAUGAUUCAGAAUGCAGCAGCACGACUGGUCUUCAACGAGCCCAAAAGGGCCCAUGUCACACCUCUCUUCAUCACCCUGCACUGGCUCCCAAUUGCAGCUCGCAUCAAAUUCAAGACACUGAUGCUUGCUUAUAGAACAACCACAGGCUCGGCGCCCGCCUACCUCCACUCACUGCUACCAAUCUACACUCCCUCCAGAACUCUGAGAUCCGCCAGUGAGCGACGCCUCAUUGUACCAUCACAAAGAGGCACAAAAUCACUUUCCAGAACAUUCUCUUACACCGUUCCUGGCUGGGGGAAUGAUCUUCCCACCGCUAUCCGGAAUGCCAACUCCCUAACAACUUUCAAGCAACUGCUGAAAACCCAUCUCUUUCGACACUACUUGACUUAAAAAAAAAAAAAAAAAAAAAAAAAAAAAAAAAAAAUU